AUGGCUCAGAAGGCACCGGUGACGUUCAGGGAUGUGGCUGUGGAUUUCUCUCAGGAGGAAUGGGAGCUCCUGGACGCCGCGCAGAAGAGGCUGUACAGGGAGGUGACGCGGGAGAACUGCGGCCAUUUCCUCUCGCUGGACUCCGUGGCUUCCCGCGUCCGCCAUGCCCGGCGGCCUCUGGGAUCUGCGCUGCAUGGGGACCAAGUGUUCUCCAGGAAGGCAGAUUUCUGUUGCGGUAAAUGGUUUCUGCCCAAGAUGGCCAAUAACCGACACACAGAGUCUGAAAUGCGCUUUAAAGCUGUUGGCUCUGUGCCGGGCAGAGUCAAAACUGACGCAAAUCUACUCCCCAGUGAGACGGGGUCCGCGGACUUCGUGUCAGCCACUGUCGUGAGUGUGCACAGUCUCACACCUACUCUGACAGAGAUGCCGUCGCCGCCCUCAGCUCAGUGGGAGCACGUCUGCACAUGGCAUUCCGUGUCCGAGAGAGAGGCGCUCGCCUUGCUGGGUGAGGACGUGCCAGAGCCUGAGAUGCCUGUGAAGGGCGGGAUAAGACGACGUUGCCCUGAUUUGGAGUCCAGACUCAGGACACCGCCAUCCGCAGACGGGGACACUUCCGAAGCUUGUUCAUUAAAAUGGGAGUUGAUGGAGAAAAUCAAUAGCCUCAGCCUGCAGGGUUCUGGUCCUAGAGACGACCGGAAGUGCACCAGCAAGACUGGGCGACGAAGGGAACCCCAGGAGGGUCGCUCUGGGCAGCUGACAGUCACCUCCGGGAAGGUCACACCGGAAAAGCACAGUGUCCUCUCGGAGAACCAGAGACUCCAGAGCGGGGAGAAGCCGUACGAGUGUCCGGAGUGCAGCAGGACCUUCAUCCGGCGCUCCACGCUGUGUCAGCACGUGAGGAUCCACACGGGCGAGAAGCCUUACGCGUGCCGGGAGUGCGGGCAGCCCUUCCGACAGCGCGCCCACCUCCUCCGCCAUCACAAGCUCCACACGGGCGAGAAGCCCCACGCGUGCAAGGACUGCGGCAAGGCCUUCACGGUGCUGCAGGAGCUCACCCAGCACCAGCGGCUCCACACCGGCGAGAAGCCGUACGCGUGCAAGGAGUGCGGCAAGGCCUUCCGCGUGCACCAGCAGCUGGCUCGGCACCAGAGGGUCCACACCGGCGAGAAGCCGUACGCGUGCAAGGCCUGCGGGAAGACCUUCAGGCAGUGCACACACCUCACCCGCCACCAGAGGCUUCACACCUCCCAGAGGCUGUACGAGUGUAAGGAGUGUGGCAAAGCCUUCGUGUGCGGCCCGGACUUGCGAGUCCAUCAGAAAACGCACUUUGGCGAGAAGCCCUACGCGUGCAAGGAGUGUGGCAAGGCCUUCAGGGUGUGCCAGCAGCUGGCGGUCCAUCAGAGCGUCCACACUGGGGAGAAGCCCCACACGUGCCAGGCCUGCGGGAAGGCCUUCAGGCUGAGGCAACAACUCGUCCGCCACCAGAGAAUCCACGCCCACGAGAGGCCCUACCCGUGCCUGGAGUGCUGCAAGACCUUCAGCAGUAACUCCCAGCUGGCUUCACACCAGAGCAUCCAUGUUGGCGAGAGACCCUACGCGUGCGAGGGGUGCGGCAAGGCCUUCCGGCUGCCCUCCCAGCUCACACAGCACCAGAGCAUCCACACGGGCGAGAAGCCCUACGCGUGUGAGGACUGUGGAAAAGCCUUCCGCCUGCCCUCCCAGCUCACGCAGCACCACAGCAUCCACACGGGCGAGAAGCCUUAUGCGUGCAGGGAGUGCGGCAAGGCGUUCAGACUCUAUUCCUUUCUCUCCCAGCACCAGAGGGUCCACACUGGGGAGAAGCCCUACGCGUGCAAGGCGUGCAAGAAGGCCUUCAGGCAGCACUCACACCUCACCCAGCACCAGAGGGUCCACAGCGGAACGUAACAAACAACGCAGUAUAGGUUCCACGCCACGUUGCAAAGUGUCAGGAAAUCCAGUUUUGAGGAUAAUUUAUUGCAUGCUUUUAUAAGUGAGGGUAAGAAAGACCGUGCUGCUUUGACGGACGGAGGGAAAUGUUCAGUCUUAUCUGCUACCACUGCCAUCUGAGAACUCUCUGGCCCGUUGUGAUACUGGACUCGCUGCCAAAAUGGUGACAACAGAACUUACAUGUGCUACUUACUGUUACGUAAGAAAUCAAUAGGAAAACGGCAGCUUAAAUAAUAUACAUUUAUGAUCUAAAAAUUCCUAUGGAUCAGGAGUCUAGGUGUGCGUUAAUUGGGUCUUUGAGGCUUCAGCUAAGCCUGGGGUCUCACCUGGAGAAGGGUGCACACUGGCGUUAGCCAUAGGUUAGACGCCGGGACUCAGGGUUUUACGAGCUGGUCCAUUGAGACC